UGUUUAGUUUAUUAUUCAUAUCAACGAUGGCGUCUCAGCAGCAGCAGAUGGGAACUAACAAUCCUCAGAUGGCAGCACAAGCGGCAAUUUUACAGCAGACUCAAGCACAGCAGCCACAACAGCAACUCAGUCAACAGCAAGAUUUUGACCCCGUUCACAGAUUCAAAAUGUUGAUUCCACAGCUCAAAGAGAGUUUACAGAAUGUCAUGACAAUCGCUUCCUUAAAUUUUGGACAUAAUACUGCAAUUGACAACGGCCAACGAACAACAGAAAAGGGUAAUGAUGCAGCCGUGCAGCGGUUUGACAAGAGUUUGGAGGAGUUUUAUGCCCUCUGUGAUCAGCUGGAGCUCUGUUUGCGGCUGGCCCACGAGUGCCUCUCGCAGAGCAUCGACAGCACAAAGCAUUCUCCCAAUCUCGUACCUACAGCCACCAAGCCAGACACGGUGCAAACAGAGUCUCUGUCUUACUCACAGUAUCUAAGUAUGAUAAAAUCACAGAUUUCAUGUGCUAAAGACAUCCAUAAUGCUCUUUUGGAGUGUUCAAAAAAGAUUGCUGGAAAGGGCCAGGGAGCUUGUAAUUAGUAAUUGACAAAUGUAUUUAUUUUCCAUUAAUAUGUCUUUGUGUUUUUCAUAACUUUUUGAUGUUGUUUGAAUUUUUUUUUUUUUUUUUUUACUUUUCAUUUGGAUUUGUCUUGUUUACUUUAGCUAUUGUGACCCAAAUGUUCUUGAAUGGUAUAUAUGUUUUGUAGUGUAUUAAAAUGAAUUUGCAGUAAAUCAAACUUGCUAGAUAACAUGGCAGAUCUAUGUUCUUUUCUCUGUGGAAUUAGUUGUUACAAAAAUAACAAGAGUAACCUCUACUUCUUUUGGACAUUUAACUGUACUUCCUACAUUGCAAGUUGGUACCUUUACUGUACCAGAGUAAUUUUUCUCUUUAAAAAAAGCUGUACAAUUAAUAAAUAAAUAAAACUCAGAUAAUUAAUAGCCUAGUUCCAGUUGGGUUGCUGGUCACCAAAUUUAAAUAUGUUAACUUCACCACACAAAAAUAUCACUUUGUAGUUACUGGAGGCUAAUUUUAUCACUGCACUAAAUUUUCCGAACACGAACAUAUAAUACAGAAUUGCUGGUAAGCCAGGAUUCACCAGGGUUAAUUGACCAGGUCAAGUGAUAUUGUUAGUUUAUUUUCUGAAUACGUUUUUUUAUUUUUUAUAUUCUGAAUCCUGUUGUUCCAGCACAAGAGUGAAUGAGUGUAUUAAGCAGUCCAACAGAUUACUUGCCAUCAAGCAGCUUCUUAUUAAUGACUUGCAGUCACAGGUCUCCCUUAAAAUAGAAAUAACACUAGUAAAGUUUAUCUGACUGUCACAUACUUAAGCCAAUAAUUUAGUAGGAUACAGGGUUCGGUUAUGGAAAACCUGGAAAUAUCAGGGAUAUUUAAAAUAGUGUUUUCCAAGCCUGGAAAAGUCAUAUAAAUUAAUGAAAUCUUAAAAGUCAUGGAAUUUUCUAUAGAGAAAAUAUAUAUAUAUAUAUAUAUUUUUUUUUUCUUCUAGUUUUUCACUACUCUAAAAUAUUUUAUGAGCUAGAUUUUUCUAUUGCUUUUGUGUAUAUAACAUGCUCGCAAUAAAACACGCUCCAAAGCCA